AGAAGUAUCUAUUUCAACUGACUGCAACCAAGUGAAAAAGUGGAAGAGGAGUCCUGAGAGGACGACGUCUCGCUUGUCUGGGGAGAUUUCAAGGCAAAUCCAGUAAAGCAAAGUCCCUCAAACAGAAGGUGAAUGGAAGAUGCCACGUUCCUUUUUGGUGAAGAGCAAAAAGGCUCACACCUAUCACCAGCACCGCUGUGUGGAAGAUGACCUGCCAGUACUCACAUGGGCUCCAGUCACCUCUGCCUUCACUGCCACAGGAGACAGGAGACCAGAGGACAUCACUAAACAGGACCUGGGAUGUGUGGUUCCAAAACAAGAAAAGGACCCCCCUGAACUGAAAGAAGACAGUGUCCCUGUCCAGUACCUGAGCAGGAUGCUGCCAGGCCCUUCAGCUCAAGAGAUGGCCAUGCCAGGGCUGCAGAUCAAGGACUGCACUAACACAGCGAGCACCCCAACCUUCUACAAAGCUGGCUAUUCCUGGGAUGCUUUCCACAUGCCAUACAGCUACCAGCAGAUGUCUUCCAGCAUGCAGUCAGCCCUGCUGGAGCACCCCGUGAGCCUUUAUGGGAGUCACCUCCUGCCCAGCCCCGAGCCCCCCCUGGAUUACAGCCUGCAUUAUUCCUCAGACAUGGACACCUUCCACUGCGUGAAGUGCAACAAGGUGUUCUCCACUCCCCACGGACUGGAGGUCCAUGUCCGAAGGUCUCACAGUGGGACCCGUCCCUUUGCUUGUGAAGUGUGUGGCAAAACCUUCGGGCACGCUGUGAGCCUGGAGCAGCACACCAACAUCCACUCCCAGGUGGGUGACAUGCCUCAGACAUCCCAUGAUUUUCCUUCCCCACAGGAAAGAAGCUUUGAGUGCAAGAUGUGUGGGAAGACAUUCAAACGUUCCUCCACCCUCUCCACUCACCUGCUGAUCCACUCGGACACGCGGCCCUACCCCUGCCAGUACUGCGGGAAGCGCUUCCACCAGAAGUCAGACAUGAAGAAGCACACGUACAUCCACACAGGGGAGAAACCCCACAAAUGCCAGGUGUGUGGCAAAGCCUUCAGCCAGAGCUCCAACCUGAUCACCCACAGCCGCAAACACACGGGCUUCAAACCCUUCAGCUGCGAGCUCUGUGCCAAGGGCUUCCAGCGCAAGGUGGAUCUGCGCCGGCACCGAGAGACCCAGCACAGCCUCAAGUGAGGGGUCUUUGCUGGAGCUCCCACUUCAUGCUCCAGGGAACAAGACUGUCCACAGCACCUCCAUCCAGCUCAAAAAGCUCCCACGGUGUCCCGUGUUCCCCUGGGGACUGGCCAAGUCGUGUGCUGGCUUUGGUGUUUGGCACCACAGGGCCUUGCACAUCUCAAAGAAACCUGUGGGAGCUUUCACUUUUUGAUUGCGACAGGUAUCAGCCCCGAUCUGACAUCACCUGCUCAAGUGUAAAUCCAGAGGAAUUCCUCCAAGGUCACUGCUACUCUGGCUUUACACCAGGAGCAGAAUCCAGUUCAUCAGUCUGCCCAGUGGGGAGGAGGGGACUCCUGGGCUGGUGGCAGCAACAAUCUAUACAAAGCUGGUGCUGUAACCAUGUUCUGCUCCGAUGGUUGGGAAGAUAAGCCCAGGGCAUGCAAAUAGAUUGCAUUAAGUCAGCUGUGUUCAACCUGGACUGGUCUUCUGCAGAGACUUACCCAGGCCAUAAAUUCUGCCAACAGACACCUUAAAGUAAUUUCUUUCAGCA